AUCAAAGUUCUGUAAUCCUCCUUUUACGAAAUCGCACAUUGAAGUUCGUUUGUAAACUCCAAUCUGUAAAUCUCCUUUUUCUCUCUCCAUCUCGAUUUCGCAAUCAGAGAGUCGAAGUAGAAACGGAAUCACAAAGCUCCGUUCCGGAUCCUGCAUCUCAAAACCCUAGGAAGUUAACGACUGAUCAAGUUGUGUAGGAGAGCUGAGGGAGAAAAAGUGAUGACAUGGCAUGACUUGGUAUGUCAUUGCCUUUGGCUUUUGGAAACUUCAUUUCCUUGAUGCAUUUUGUUGGAAACAAUGAACAUUGUGAAGGGUGUCGCCGACCUCAUUAGGAGGACAUCCAGCAGUCACAAUGUAGAGCCCAUGCCUGGAUCAACAACACAGAGGUUCCCUCUUCCCUCUACAGAAAUUAGAUUCAGUGAUGUUGGUGACGAGGCUAUCUUAAGCACAUUGUGGGAGAAGUAUGAGAAUUCAGUUGAUAAGGUUGAGAAAAGAAAGUAUCUCAGUAUCUUUCUUAAGCAAUUUUUAGCUGUAUUUAAGAAUUGGGAGCCUGUUUCUAGCCAUCAAUUUCCGGAAGCUUCAGCAUCAGAAACUGAAACUGAAAAUGCUGAUCAGUUGGUUGUUGGCUGCUCUUUGGGUCAUCCUUCUGAAAUUAUUUUAGCCUUCACUGAAGAAUUGAUGAGUAUAACUGUUUUGGUAAACGAAAUGGACAUUAACACCACACUACGAGCAAAGGACCAACCAAGGACUUCAAUGAGUUUACUCAUAAUAUCUGAUGGGUUGCUAGUUCUUGAUGCAAUGAAUAUCAUGGCACGAUCAAUGCACAACUUACGGGUUCUUGGUUACUAUAGUGGAAUUCAAAGGCUUACAGCAUUGAUGAAAGCUGCUGUUGUUCAACUCAAAACUAUCACUGGAUCUCUUUCUGCUGAUGAAAAUGCAUGGAAAUCAGUUUUAGAAAAUAUCAAUUUCUUGGAAAGUGUGCUUGUAAAUGUGGUCUCCAUAUUAUGUAGCUUCCUGAUUGUGCACCAAAAUGAUGAUAAACGAGAGUUACACAGCCACAGUUCAGGGUUAACUGGUCCAGGGAACACUGCGACCUCUUUUGGAUCUUCCAAGGGAGCUUUUCCUGAAAAUAGGCAAAAUUGGCAUAGGAAGGCAGUCAUGACGCUGAUGGAAGCUGGAGGCCUAAAUUGGUUAGUAGAGCUGCUGCGUGUUAUGAGACGACUAAGUAUAAGAGAUGAAUGUGGUAAUAUAUCACUUCAACAUUUGACCUUAAAAUCUCUUCGAUCAGCCCUAGCUGAUAACACACGUGGUCAAAGUCAUUUUAGAAGUAUUGGAGGACUUGAAGUUCUGUUAGACGGACUGGGACUUCCGUCAAACAUUGUUUUCAGAGAUGAAAAUUUUGUUGGAGAUGUUCUCAAUCUUCAUGUUCUUUCAUUGGAGGUUCUAAGGGAGGCUAUCUUUGGUAACUUGAACAACUUGCAAUUUCUGUGUGAGAAUGGAAGGAUACAUAAAUUUGCAAAUAGUUUUUGUUCGCCUGCAUUCAUGCUUCAAGAGAACUGGAAGAAAUCUGAUUAUAUGUCUAGGCAUGCAGAUUUAAUUAAAGAUGGGAAUAAUUUGUUCACUGAAGGUAAAGUGCCUUUAUCUGAGUUCUCUGCAAGCUUUUGUUCCCAGCAGUGGGCAGAGUUUGUUGUCAAGUCAAGCAGAGCUCUAGCUUCUUUCCUUCUGGCACCAGAAGAUAUUCAAUCCCAUGAUGUUUUACUGUCAUCUGGUAGAAAUUCAGCUGCAGUUUCACCUGUAUGCAUGGAACUUUCAUUGAAAUGGUUUGUGAGGGUUUUGUUUAUGGUGUUUCCAUGCAUUAAGGCAUGUUCAAGUAUGAAUGAACUUCCCCGUCAGCUGAGAUCCUUUGUCUAUACUAUUCAGCACUAUGUUCUUUUUGCAUUCAGAAAGCUUCUUGUCUCAACACCUACCUUAAUAGAGCUACUCAGGGCUGAAUCAAUAUGGGACCUUGUAUUUUCUGAUAACUUUUUCUAUUUUGGAUCAGCUUCAGGAGAAUGUCUUGAAUAUGAUAGAUACAGUGAUGUUCCUAUAUAUGGAUUGGACGUAUCUAGUGGUGACCUGACAAACCAAAAAGCUGCUGGUUUUGAAUUUGAUAUUCUUCAAAUCGAAGUGGUAUCAUUUGUGGAAUUUGUAGCCACUUUAAAUGGGAGUUCACAUAAUAUGCCUGAGUGUUAUGUUCUAUUAAAUGCCCUUGAGCAUUCUGCUUGCCGUCCUGAAAUGACUGCCGUCCUUGCAAAAAGUCUGCUUCGUAUUUUGCAGCUUUCAACUGAGAAAUCUAUCUCUUCCUUUAAGUCACUUGAUGCAAUUUCUCGUGUACUUAAAAUUGCAUGUCGUUUCGCUCAAGAAUCUGGUAGCCCUGUCAUUUCAAGUCCUUUUGUAGAGAAUAUCAUGGAAGGUGAUAAAUCAUUUGAUUUUGAUGGACCACAGCCUUCUGGUACAUCUCAAAAUCGGCACAAGGGCCUCGAAGCUUGUAUGGAGCUUUUUGCAGAAUACUUCUCAGUUACUGAUGAUGCAAAAAGCUUGGUUUUGCGUAGUUCGGCUUCUGUUGACUGUUUGUUUGAUUUAUUCUGGGAAGAAAGUUUGAGAAAGCGGGUGCUUGUUUAUAUUCUCGACCUUAUGAAGAUCUCUCCAAUUUCUGUGGAGGAACAGAAGGCGAAAUUGUACUUAUGCUCGAAGUAUUUGGAGAUGUUUACUCAUGUUAAAGAGCAUGAAAGAAACUUUGUUGAGUUGUCAAUUGAUCUAUUAGUUGGGAUGCGAGAUAUGCUUGUCAUAGACCAAGUGCACUACCAAGCCUUGUUCCGUGAUGGGCAGUGCUUCUUGCAUGUUGUAUCAUUGUUAAAUGGGAGCCUUGAUGAGGCAAAUGGACAGAUGUUACUUUGGAAUGUUCUUCAAACUCUCACAUGCCUGCUCCAAGGCAAUGAUGAUUCCAAGACUGCAUUUAGAGCUCUUGUUGGAAGGGGAUAUCAUACUUUACAGAGCUUAUUGUUGGACUUUUGUCAUAAUAAACCUAGUGAAGAACUUCUGAAUGUUCUGCUUGACAUGCUUGUUGAUGGGAAAUUCGACAUUAAAUCAACACCUAUAAUAAAGAAUGAGGAUGUUAUUUUGCUCUAUCUUAGUGUGCUCCAAAAGAGCAGUGAUUCUUUGCGGGAUAGUGGACUCAACUUUUUUCUUCAGCUGCUAAGAGAAUCCAUAUCCAAUCGAGCAUCAUGUGUCAGAGCUGGGAUGCUUAAUUUUCUACUUGAUUGGUUUUCUCAAGAAGAGAAUGAUACUGUGAUUCUCGAAAUUGCUCAACUAAUUCAGGUUUCAGGUGGCUAUAGCAUAUCAGGGAAGGACAUCCGUAAAAUAUUUGCUUUACUUCGCAGUGAUAAAGUUCUUGGACGUACACAAUUCUGCUCAUUACUGUUAACGAGUAUGCUGUCCAUGCUGAAUGAGAAAGGACCAAGUGCUUUUUUCGAUCUCAACGGCAAUAACUCUGGGAUUGUAAUUAAAACGCCGAUGCAAUGGCCUGUGAACAAGGGAUUUUCUUUUUCUUGUUGGCUAAGGAUAGAAAACUAUCCUAGAACAGGAUCAAUGGGACUGUUUAGUUUUCUAACUGAUAAUGGAAGAGGUUCCUUGGCCGUUAUUGAAAAGGACAAACUUAUUUAUGAGUCUAUUAAUCAGAAACAUCAAUGUCUUUCAUUGCCUGUUAACCUUGUGAGAAAGAAGUGGCAUUUUCUUUGUAUUACUCAUAGCAUCGGUAGAGCAUUUUCCGGGGGUAGCCAACUGAGAUGUUAUGUUGAUGGGGCUCUUGUAUCAUCUGAGAAAUGCAGAUAUGCCAAAGUCCCUGAAUCAUUGAUAAAUUGUACGAUAGGGUCAAAAAUUGAUCUUAUUGCAUAUGAAGAAGAUAAUUCCAUGCACACAAUUAAAAAUGCAUCUCCAUUUUAUGGUCAGAUUGGUCCAGUUUAUAUGUUUAAUGAUGCUAUCACUUCUGAACAAGUCCAGGGUAUCUUCUCCUUGGGACCAAGCUAUAUGUAUAGUUUUCUUGAUAGUGAAGGUGCAGUUUGUUCCGACAAUCCUUUACCUGGGGGAAUCCUUGAUGCCAAAGAUGGCCUUGCUUCCAAAAUAAUUUUUGGCCUUAAUGCUCAGGCGAGUAACAGCCGGACUUUAUUUAAUGUUGCACCACUGGUGGAUAAUACAAUGGACAAGAAUCUGUUCGAAGCAACUGUCCUGGCAGGAACGCAGUUAUGUUCACGGCGCUUGCUGCAAGAAAUAAUCUACUGUGUUGGAGGCAUAACUGUGUUUUUUCCUCUUCUCACUCAGUCUGAUCUAUAUGAUGAUAAUGAAGAGGCUGGGUAUUCUCAAAGCCAUCUAUUGACAUCUAUCACAAAAAAACAUUUAAUUGGGGAAGUCAUUGAACUUAUAGCUUCUGUCCUUGAUGAAAAUUUAUCCAACCAGCAACAGAUGCUCCUCCUUUCUGGCUUCUCAGUUCUGGGGUUUUUAAUGCAAUCAGUUCCUCCUCAGCAUUUGAAUUUGGAUACACUUUCAGCACUGAAACAUUUGUUUAAUGUUGUGGCAAACUGUGGUUUAUCAGAUCUGCUUGUUGCAGAAGCUAUAUCAAAUAUAUUUCUGAAGCCUCAAAUAUGGGUAUACGCAACAUACAAGGUUCAAAGGGAGUUAUAUAUGUUUCUUGUUCAGCAAUUUGAUAAUGAUCCAAGGCUUCUAACAAGUCUUUGCCGUCUACCUCAUGUCCUUGACGUAAUAAGAAGAUUCUAUUGGGAUAAUGCAAAAAAUCAAAACGCUAGUGAAAGCCAGCCUCCAUUGUAUCCCAUAACAGUACAAAUACUUGCAGCAAAACCUAAGCUGGAGGAAGUGUCUAAAAUUCGACUUAUGCUGUUAAGCCUUGGUGAAAUGAGUCUUAGGCAGAAUAUAUCUGUUGCAGAUAUAAAAGCUCUUAUUGCUUUCUUUGAGACAUGCCAAGAUAUGGCUUGUAUUGAAGAUGUUCUUCAUAUGGUUAUACGUGCUGUUUCACAGAAGCCAUUGCUUGCUUCAUUUUUGGAUCAGGUUAACUAUAUUGGUGGCUGCCACUUAUUUGUUAAUCUUCUUGAAAGGGAUUCGGAGUCUAUCCGAUUGCUAAGCUUGCAGUUCCUGGGCCGCCUUUUGGUUGGCCUUCCAUCUGAGAAGAAGGGAUCAAAGUUUUUCAAUCUUACUGUUGGGAGAUCAAAAUUUUUUUCUGAAGGGCAUAGAAAAUUCAGUUCAAGGAUGCAACCAAUUUUCUCUUCUAUAUCUGUUAGGCUGUUCAGAUUUCCGCAGACAGAUGUAGUCUGCGCAACUUUAUUUGAUGUACUUCUUGGUGGUGCUAGCCCAAAACAGGUUCUUCAGAAACAUGGCCAGCUGGACAGACAGAAAAGCAAUCAUUCUCAAUUUUUCCUUCCUCAGAUCUUAGUUCUUAUUUUCGAAUUCUUAUCAGGCUGCGAAGAUAAUUUAGCAAGAAUUAAAAUAAUUGGAGACCUGCUUGAACUUCUUGAGUCAAAUCCAUCAAACAUUGAAGCUCUAAUGGAAAAUGGUUGGAAUGCCUGGUUAAUAGCAUGCACAAGAAUUCAUGCAUUUAAAAGUUACAAUCUGGAUGCACAUGUUAUCAGUGAUAGUCAGAAAAGUGAGCUAAGUAUUUUGAGGAGUUUUUUCUGUGUUGUUCAUUCUCAUUACAUUCACUCUGUGAAAGGUGGUUGGCAACAGUUAGAAGAGUCUGUAAAUUUCCUUCUAAUGCAAUGUAAACUGGAUGGUACAUCAUAUGGGUUCCUGGUUCGUGACAUUUAUGAAGAUCUAGUUCAGAGGCUCAUCAAUUUAUCUUCUGGGGAUAAUAUUUUUAUGUCACAACCAUGUCGAGACAACACACUCUAUCUUCUCAAGCUUGUCGAUGAAAUGCUCCUCUCUGAAACUGAUCACGAUCUUCUGUUUACUGCAAGUAGCUCAAAUCUACCUCAAGAUAUUCUACUGUCAGAAAGUCAGAAAGAUUUGAACUCUGAUUUGUUUGAGGCCCUGAAAUUAGAGUCUGAAGAUUUAUCAAGAAACCCGUGGUUAUCUAAAGAGCCUACUGGAGUUAGAAUUGAUAUAGGGAAUGAUGGAUGGUGGAUUUUAUAUGAUAAUCUAUGGAUUAUUAUUGGUAUGAUGCAUGGGAAAGUACCAGGUAAGCCAUUGCCCAAACCAUCAUCCUCAAUGGGGCCAUCUUUCAGUCAAAGGGCACGUGGGUUGGUGGAAUCAUUAAAUAUCCCUGCUGCAGAAAUGGCUGCCGUGGUCGUUUCAGGAGGUAUAAGCAAUGCGUUGGGUGGAAAAUCAAAUAGAAGCAUUGACAAGGCGAUGAUGUUAAGAGCUGAGAAGUGCCCUAGAAUUGUUUUUAGACUUUUGAUUCUAUAUCUUUGUAGAGCUUCUCUUCAAAGAGCUUCUCAAUAUGUCCAACAGAUCAUUCCUCUUUUGCCGUAUUUUCUGGCUGCUGAUGAUGAGCAAAGCAAGAGCCGAUUGCAGCUUUUCAUUUGGCGUUUGCUAUCUGUGAAAUUGCAGUAUGGAAGUCAGGAUGAUGGUGCUCGUUUCCAUGUCAUAGCGCACUUGAUUAGAGAAACAAUCAACUAUGGAAAAUCAAUGCUUGCUUCGAGUAUUACAGGCAAAGAUGACUCAACAGAUUCAGUUGGUCAUUCAAAAGAAACAGUCACCAUUCAAAACCUGAUUCAGAAGGAUCGUGUGCUUUCUGCGGUUGCUGAUGAACUGAAAUAUAAGGAUACGUUAAGAACUGAUCGUUCUAGACAGUUGCAUGAGCUCCAAACCAGGAUGGAUGAAAAUGCAUCUUCUGAAGCUAAUCAAACAAAGGCUUUUGAACUUGAGAUACAGAACAGCUUAAGCACAAUUCUUUCUUGGGAUGAUAACAGAAGGGCUUCUUACCAGACUUCUCUUGACGAGAACCAACAAGUUAUUGCUGGAAAAUGGAUACAUAUGGUGCGCAGUUUGAUUGAUGAGAGAGGUCCAUGGUCUGCUAAUCCCUUCCCAAACAGUACUGUUACACAUUGGAAGCUUGACAAAACUGAAGAUUCUUGGAGGCGUAGGCCCAAGUUAAGAAGAAAUUAUCACUUUAAUGAAAAGCUUUGUCAACCUCUAUCAACUCUGGCGAUAAAUGAGUCUAAUCCUCCCAUUAACGAAUCAAAGUUUUUACUUAGGGGCCCUAUUCCUGAGAAAAUCAAAUGGUUACUGCAGAAACGAAUCCAUAGGAUAACAGAUGAGAGCUUCUCAGGUUUGCUGGAGAAUCAUGCUGAAUCAAGCGGACAGCAAGUCUCUGAUGAUCUUUUGGAUAAGCCAGUGCCUGAGGUCUUAAAAGACAGCGAUGAUAAAAAAGAUACAUCUCAAGGAAAAAAUGAUUUGUCUUCUUUGGUAGAAACAGAAAGUAGCGAGGUUCUCUUAUGUGCCCCUUGUGUACUAGUUGCCACCAAAAGGAAAUUAGCUGGACGCUUGAUUGUCAUGAGGAACGCAAUGCAUUUUUCUGCUGACUUCAUAGCUGAAGGUACAGGAGGAUCAACUGUGUUUAAAACAUUACAGACAUCAAGCAAGCCUGACCAAAUUGGAGGAUCCCAGAACAGAAAGUUUCCUGUGUGGCCCAGUAAUCUGGAUUUGGGCCCGGAUAAGGGAAAUUUAGUGGAGAAAACUGAUGUAAUCCGUGGAGAGAUUCUUAAGAAUUUCAAAAUUAUCAAACGUCAUCGAAGAUGGAAUAUCUCUAAGGUUAAAGCUGUACACUGGACUCGCUAUCUUCUCAGAUACACUGCCAUUGAGAUUUUCUUCAACGAUUCAAUCCCUCCAGUAUUUUUGAAUUUUGCAUCACAAAAGGAUGCAAAAGAUAUUGGAACCUUGAUAGUGUCUACAAGGAAUGAAAUGUUGCUUCCCAAAGGAAGCAAGGACAAGACUGCAGCAAUUUCUUUUGUUGAUAGACGCAUGGCACAAGAGAUGGCAGAGACUGCAAGAGAGACAUGGAGGAGACGGGAAAUGACAAAUUUUGAAUAUUUGAUGAUCCUUAAUACACUUGCUGGAAGAUCUUAUAAUGAUUUAACACAAUAUCCCGUAUUUCCCUGGGUACUGGCUGAUUAUUCCUCAGAGAUCCUUGAUUUCAACAAAGCAUCAACUUUCCGAGACCUUUCCAAGCCUGUCGGAGCACUGGAUGGGAAGCGGUUGGAGGUUUUUGAAGAUAGAUACCGGAACUUCUGUGAUCCUGAUAUUCCCAACUUUUACUAUGGCUCUCACUACUCAAGCAUGGGAAUUGUGCUCUUUUACCUACUCAGGCUAGAGCCAUUCACAUCCCUGCAUCGCUCUCUGCAGGGUGGCAAGUUUGACCAUGCAGAUCGCCUUUUCCAUGGAAUUGAGGCAACCUAUAGGAAUUGCCUUUCUAACACAAGUGAUGUGAAGGAAUUGAUUCCUGAAUUCUUUUACAUGCCAGAGUUUCUUGUCAAUUCAAACUCUUAUCAUUUUGGAGUAAAGCAAGAUGGUGAACCUCUGGGUGAUGUUUUCCUUCCUCCUUGGGCCAAGGGGUCUCCUGAAGAAUUCAUUAACAGAAAUCGUGAAGCUCUUGAAAGUGAAUAUGUUAGUUCAAAUCUCCAUAACUGGAUUGAUUUAGUGUUUGGUUAUAAGCAGCGUGGAAAGCCUGCUGUUGAGGCAGCAAAUAUAUUUUAUUAUGUAACAUAUGAAGGUGCCGUUGAUUUAGAGGCAAUGGAGGAUGAAUUGCAGAGGUCAGCCUUGGAAGAUCAAAUAGCUAACUUCGGUCAGACUCCAAUUCAGAUAUUCCGUAAAAAACACCCUAGAAGAGGGCCUCCAAUCCCAAUUGCGCAUCCCCUUCAUUUUGCUCCUAGUUCCAUUAACCUAACUUCCAUUGUUUCUAGUACAACUAAUUCUCAUUCAGCAAUUGUCUAUACUAACAUUCUUGAUUAUAAUGUUAUUCUCGUCAACGAUGAAUUGGUUAUGUCCGUCAAAAUGUGGUUAACAACACAACUGCAAUCUGGUGGCAAUUUUACCUUCUCCAGCUCUCAGGAUCCUUUUUUUGGGAUCGGCUAUGAUGUUCUUUCUCCCCGUAAAAUUGGGAGUGCAUUGGCUGAACCUAUUGAGCUUGGAGCUCAAUGUUUUGCAACACUGGCAACACCAUCAGAAAACUUUCUGGUAUCCUGUGGCAACUGGGAGAAUAGCUUUCAGAUUACAUCCCUUUCUGAUGGAAGAAUUGUACAGAGCAUCAGACAGCAUAAAGAUGUUGUCAAUUGUGUUGCAGUGUCAUCCGAUGGAACUGUCCUAGCUACGGGAAGUUACGACACUACAGUCAUGGUUUGGGAAGUUUUACGUGCUAAAGCCACUGACAAGAAAGUUCGUGCCACAUUACCAGAUGGUCCUCGCAAAGACAUUGUUGUUGCUGAAACUCCAUUCCAUAUCUUGUGUGGACACGAUGAUAUAAUUACAUGCUUGUACGUUAGUGUUGAGCUUGACAUAAUCAUUAGUGGUUCAAAAGAUGGAACCUGUGUUUUCCAUACCCUGAGGGGCGGAAUAUACAUAAGAUCUCUCCAGCAUCCUUCUGGUUGUGCAUUGUCAAAGCUUAUUGUGUCUCGUCAUGGACGGAUUGUUCUUUUUGGGGAAGAUGACUUAACCCUGCACUUAUAUUCCAUAAAUGGGAAACAUAUUGCCUCCUCCGAAUCCAAUGGUCGCCUCACCUGUGUUGAGCUGAGCAGUUGCGGCGAGUUCUUGGUUUGUGCUGGAGAUCUAGGACAGAUAAUCGUGCGAUCUAUGAAGUUCCUAGAUGUUGUGAGCAAGUACAACGGAGUUGGGAAAAUGAUAACUUCACUGGCUGUAACUCCUGAAGAGUGUUUCUUGGCUGGGACCAGAGAUGGAAAUCUUCUUGUGUACUCUAUAGAGAAUCCUCAGCUUCAUAAGACCAGUCUUCCUCGGAAUUCAAAAUCUAAAACCUAAGGAAUUUGAGAGAAAAAAAGCUGUCUUGGUAUCCAUCCAUUUACUUGAGUUCCUUCCUUGGCUCAGUGUGAUUUCUGCUUGAGGCAGGCAGGCAUGGAAGAAGAUUCCCACAGUUAAAAGUUGUAGCAACAGAGGAGAAACAAGUUUAUAUUGAGUUGGUAUAACUUGUUAAUUAAUCCCGGUGAGAUCUUGCUUGCUUAAGGUAUAUUAUUGAGAAUUCGCGAGUUUUCCUUCUUGUUGGUUCCUGGUAUAAAUUGAGUUAUGAAACACAGCGGAUGAAAGCAAGCAAACAUAACAGAUUUUACAGUGUAUUAUUGUUGUAGUAAUAAUCAAAUAAUAGCUGAUUUGUGAAAUGAUAUUAAAGAAAAAACACUGUACAGUUGGGACUUACCUUACAUGUGAAAGUGAUCUUCUUCA